AUGAACUCCCCAGCUGCCCCGUCCACCCCCAAACGGUCAUACGAUCCAUCCCCAGAUAUCGAAGGCGUAUCCAACCGGAGAAAAGACCCCAAAGUCAGCCGGGCCUGCGACGCAUGCAAGGCAAAGAAAAUCCGCUGUUCUGGGACAUUGCCAUGUACCACCUGUGCUAGGCGCAGACUGGCCUGCACGUUUGCAAGUCGAUAUGGCCCGUCUGAACUGGUCAUAGAAGGACAGUACUUCGAUCUCACGUCCGGUUUGACAUUUCUGCAUAGAGCUUGGAGCAAACUCUCUGCCGAACGGGGCAAUUCUGUCUGCUAUGGCUCGAAUGAUGCCGAGCGGAACCAGCUUGUUGCGUCUGCUGGGGACAGACCAUUCUACUCAGAGGGACAUAUAACAUGCAAUGAGGUGUUCCCUGACGAAGAGACCGCGCACCGUUUAUUCGCUUUUUACUUUGACACCUGCGUCGUGACAUACCGCAUGCUGCACCGACAGACAGCAGAAAGCUGGCUAGCCACGAUGCUGAGGAACAGCGCGCACAAAUACGCAGUAACAACAUCGAUUGGAAACCCACGAGCCGCGAUAAUAUUCACCAUCUUCGCAAUAGCAAGGUUCCGCAAACUCAAGAUCGAAAACGGCUGCUCGCACGAUCUCGACCCCGGCGCGUUUCGAGAAAGCGACGCCCUGUUCUGCGCUGCCAUGGGCCUCACGGACUCGGAAAUGGGCUUUCCUCGCCUUGAGUCGGCCCAGGCUCGACUUAUCCAGGUGCUGUAUCUGCUGCAGACGUCGCGCAUGAAUAAGGCGUGGUAUACCUUUGGGAAUGCGUAUCAGAUUAUCUCGUCGCUGGGCCUUCACCGGAGGCAGCAUAGACAGCCGAGUACGUCGUUUGGGGAGCGGUCGGACUAUAUUACCCACCAGUGUGCGAAGCGUGUGUUCUGGACGGCGUAUGCGAUUGACAAAUACCUGAGCGUGGUCUUUGGGCGGCCGCGUCUGCUGCAUGAUGAUGAGAUUGACCAGGACUUCCCAGAUACAGUGAACGACGAGGAGAUGGAAACAUAUGGUCCUUCCACGACUGAAGCAAAUGAGGAAAGCCAUAUAAUCUCGUUGAUAUUUCACGCUAAAGUCGCAAAGAUCAUCGGACGGAUAUCGCGCGAAGUAUACCGCGUCGAUGAAGGGCAAAACCCACAGCGAGCAGCAGCAGCACACUGUCUCGUUCGAGAACUACAUACCUGGCACUCAGAGCUGCCUCCCCAUCUCGGCACAGUGAAGCCUUCGACCCUAAUCCCCAGUUUCCGGCGCGAGGCUACGGCGCUGAGUCUUGCGUACCUGCAUGCGGUGAUUCAUGCGACGCGGCCUUUCUUACUAGGGGAUGGAAACACUUUCAGCGACCAGCAGGUGAAGGACAGAGUCAACGAGUGUCUGUCCGCUGCGAGAAAGACGCUGGAGCUGGUGAUUAAUAUGGCCAACGACGACCACCUGUUCCACUCCUUCUGGUGGACGCAGUAUGUCCUGUUCUGUGCCCUGGCGGUUGUCUAUGUAUGGGAGAUCCAGCAGAAUGCACACAGUCUAUCCAGGCCUCAGGAAGACCAAGAAGCAAGGUCCUUGUACGAGCUGGCUGAAAACUGCCGACUACGCCUUCUGCAGGGGAACUCAGCUGCACCGUCUAGUCACCGGUAUGGCAUUAUCCUCGAGGAACUGCACUCAGAGGCGCAGCAGCAGAGUAUACGGAAUUGCAGUCGUAUGUCUUCUAGCAGGCCGCAGAAUGAAUACCAGCCUGAUGAGAAUGGCCUUUAUUCGGAGCAAAUGGCGAUUCCAGCUGCAGAAUUCGCCCUCCAGGCCGGGCCUAGUAUGUUGGAUGGCUGGCAAACGACAGACUGGCUGGAUCUGGACUCAUCGGCGUUUUAUCCGUUUGAUGCAUUCCAUGUUCCUACUUGA